AACCUUACUGAGUAAGGCCUUCGAUGACCACUCGACUGCGUGGAAGUUGUAUUUCGCGGAGGAGGUUGUUUUUCAGCUUUUUCAAUCUUUUUUUCUCCUUCGCGAUCGUUCUGUGUUCCUUCGCUAUCCGAAUUAGGAAGGCAUCAAGUAACUUCAAAACUUUCAUGUGCGGCAUCCUCUUUUGCUGUGAAGACGUUCAGUCGAUUCAAGAGAACAGCUCUCAUGAAUUUCAAGAACUUUUCGAAAGAUUGAAGGAUGCUAAUACAUCUCGAGGGCCUGAUGCACAAGACUCUGUCUCGACAUCGGUGAAUGGUGUGAGGCUCACUUUCUUCGCAUCUGAACUACACCUUCGUGGUUCUGCUUUUGUCUCCCAGCCACACCGAGAUGAUGCCGCUAAUGUGCUAUGUUGGAACGGCGAGAUCUUCGAAGGACUAAACGUUUUACCAGAGGAGAACGAUGGUGCAAGACUCUUCUCAUUGCUCCAAACCGCUCAGACUUCGGAGGAUGCCAGGGAUAUCUUGGGCAGUAUUGAGGGUCCUUAUGCCGUCGUCUACUACCAUCAUGCCCUGCAAAGACUUUUUCUCGCUCGCGAUCCUUUAGGACGACGCUCGCUCUUGGUCCAUAUGCCUGAUCCACGAAAUCCACGGUUCCUGGUGACGUCUGUCUCGGUGGGAGCACAUCCUUUGUACAGCCUCGAGGAAUUGUCAACCCAAUCUAUCUUUUGCAUUGACAUAAAACGCUUGGGGAAUGACCGGAUGACGAGAUUUAGUGAAUGUUUGCACCGUAUGCCUCGACAAAGUGCAGAGAAGCCUCUACCUUUUGCGGAGCCACGCAAAGUCAACCGUUCCAUUCCAGGAGAAGUGCCUCUAGUUGAAGACCUAGAUCACAUACCUGAGCACCUUUCGGUAGCCGUCGAUGAUCUAAUAGCCCAUCUUGACAGGAGCGUCAUGCUUCGUGUCCGUGAUAUACCACAACAUAAUUCGAACAAAGGAAAGGCGAGAGUCGCUAUCCUUUUCAGCGGUGGUAUCGAUUCUACUAUGCUAGCAUACCUGGCGCACAGACAUGUCGACCCUCAUGAACCAAUAGAUCUCUUGAAUGUUGCAUUUGAGAAUCCCAGAAAACUCCUAGUUCAAGCAGAGGGAAACAUAGGAGCACUACCACGAAGAGAAAAGAAGGCAAAACUCAGAGAUCGCAAGGAUUACAUGUCUAUUGACGUGACAUACACUGUUCCGGAUAGACUUACGGGUCUUCAGGAAUUGGAAGAGCUUAGAGAACUGUGUCCUGGGCGAAUAUGGAACUUUGUAGAAGUCAAUGUCCCAUACGAGGAAUGUCAAGGUGCCCGGGCGACAGUGGAAGCCCUCAUGUUCCCAGGGAGGACCGUCAUGGAUUUGAGUUUAGCAGUAGCUCUUUACUUCGCUGCCAGGGGUGUAGGUCAAGUUAGAGAUAUUGCGGACGCGGACCCAAGACCAUAUACGAGCACCGCUCGUGUCCUACUCAACGGAUUGGGUUCGGAUGAGUUGUUGGGAGGGUAUGGGCGACAUCGAACUGCUUUCAAGGCUGCUGGAUGGCAAGCAAUCAUAGAUGAGCUUCAACUGGAAAUAGAUCGUAUACCAACUAGAAAUCUGGGAAGGGACGACCGAGUGAUAUCGUCUCACGGGAAAGAAACGCGCCACCCUUUUCUUUCAUUAUCCGUAGUUUUCUUUUUAGCACAACUUCCGGUUCAACACAAGUUGGAUCCGCGACUUCCGCCAGGUCUUGGAGAGAAGAUGCUCCUGCGACUUGCUGCUCGAAAGGUUGGAUUGGUAGAGGCCAGUGCGAGAAAGAAACGAGCGAUGCAGUUCGGGAGUCAUUCUGCACGGAUGGGGCCUGGAGAAGGAGAUAGAAAAGGGGAUCUGUUAUUGGGAGAGUACUAGAGUCGUGGUUUAUGAUGCUCUACUGUCAGUCGUAAUUUCGCAUGAAGGCGUAAGAAUAUAACCAGCAUCCUGAGCUGUAUAUAAUGUUCGUCAAAGGACUCCGGUAGCCGAG